AUGCAUUUGCAAAGCGUCACUUUCAGGAAGCAUUUUUUUGCUAUUUUGUUUCUGCUCUGGAUCAGCGGCGAUCUAGGUGCAGGAUUCGAUCCUACGUCACGAGUUGAAAUUUACUCAAUGCCGGCUGUUCCAGUCAUCUAUCUGGACCGACACAAUCGGUUUAUUGACUUGUUUUGUUGCAGUUGGACGCGGAGUCCGCGGUGGUCUCACAACGGUCGCGCCAUUGCAGAAAACUGCUCGAAAUCAACAAGAAAGAGCGUCGACUUCGUUUGCGGCUGUCGAGUUCACAUCGCUCUCCCAAAAGCUCAACAUGCGGGCGUCUACAAAUGCCACGACAAGCUUAAUGCUUCUCUAGAAGCAGAAAAGCAUGUACAAACAUAUGUGGCUCAUCUGAAUUCAUCAACAAUUAACGCAUCAAAGAACGAUUCUGUCACAUUAUCUUGUGAUUAUUGGUCCUUUGUCUACUUGUAUCCUCCUCCUACUGCUUUUUGGUAUAAUCAAGAUGGAGUCGUGGUUCACUACGGUGUCAACUACACGAUACACAAUGCGGGCCUUGGCGAUAUCGGUCACUACUACUGCAAGAUACGGAACAGCUACUACAUGAACCCUAUCAGGAAGAACGUCACUCUCUACGUCUUCGUGGCCGUUCGCUGUGUGGUUGAACCGUCUCGACUCAACGUUUCUAUCAAUGAACCGUUCUAUGUAAACAUCACAGUUAGUGGACAUCCCCCAGUGUAUAAGCGCAACUUCAAAUGUCCCUUUCAGUCAGGAUGGAUCUACGACUACAUUUAUAACAAAACGUACGAAGAAAAGUUGGGAAUAAAAUUUUUCGGAGUUACCAUUGACGAAACUGGAAGAGGUGAUUCUAGACCGAUUAGACUGGCAGAAGUAGUGCAACCGGCAGAAAAUGGAAGUCACGAGUGCGUUCUUUACUUAGACAUCGUUUCAGCAAACGGUCUGUCGUCUACUACAUUGCCAGCUGUAGAACCUAGUGUCACACCGGCAAUGUGUUUUGCGAUGUCCUUCGCAAAUACAACAGUCUGCAGUGUAAAACAGGCGAUGCGAUUCUUGUCAAGCCUAGCUAGUAGAGAGAUACCAGGCUGUCGGACAACAUUGAACACAUUUGAAAUGGCGUCGUUAUUUAUUUCCGGAGCAAAGCCGACUUGUUCUCAACUAGUCAUCCUCGGAGAGCUCUCAUCUGCCAACUGCUCUACUCAACAAUUGCUAUUGUCAGCGAACAAUAUGCUGCAACAAAUGAAGGGAGCAUUUUCGUUUCUUGGUUUUGAAACUGCAGACAAGUUCACGAACCUUUGUCAUCCCGUGUCCUUAGAUGGUCGACUUUGCUCUACAGUUGUACGUUGCUCCAAGUACAAGCCACUAAGCAACCUUAUCUACAAAUGUAAUGCCAAAGAUAAACUCGUAACUACAAGAGGACGGCAUUCCAAUCUAGACACUUUAGACUCUGCUUACAGUCACUACUGUCUUACUUAAUUAAUUAAUUGAAAGACACAGUGUACAUACACACAGUACUAUCAUUACAAAGCCGUCUGUCAGUUGAACUG